GUGGGGAACUGCUGAGAGAAAAAACCGUUAACGUUUAAGAGUUAUUUUUGCAUUUAACGAACUGCUCUAGAGGUCAGGACCUUCUUUGUGUCAUAUCUGAGUGUUUGAAGUGAUUUAAAGCAACAGUUUAACCGAACUCCACUCGAUAAUAUAUUUUUUUUGAAAUCUGCACGGCAACAGUCGCCAUGAUGACGCUUGCGAAGCGCCCUAGUAACUGGCGCGCGCCGUUUCUGUCCAAUAGACGCGCGCUGCGCUUCACCCCGCGCGGACACCGAGCCUCAAACUGCGGCCAGGGUUUUUUUUCUCCUCUUUUCCUUCUGUUUUUCUUGCGAGAUUUCCCGCUUAACCUGAAACAAUUUAAGCUACCGUUACAUGCAAAGGGCCUUUCGGGCUACCCGUAAACAGAUGGCGAGGUAAAUGGACCGGGACGAGGCUGAUCUUUGCGUCUUCAUACUGUAGCAGUCAGAGAUUUGGAAUAACUUCAGUCGGCUUUGUGUACCACUGGUUAGAUGAUGCAGGGGGUAAAACGCAGCUGAGAGAUGUUGUAAAUAAAGUCUCACUUUGAUGUCAGACGCGGCGGCUUCUUCAAACGAACCUAGUUAUUUCGAGAAAGUCCAGUUAGAGACACGCUGAUUUUUCGAAGAACCUUUUGUCUGUUGAAUUGCAGUCUAACUGCUGUCCUCUUUGAAGAUUACCGUCUAGAUUUCGCAUCAUCAGCCUCCCUGAGGGCUCUGCUGCCAUGUCAGCGUAAAAUCACCAAGAUUAUGUCCUAGCCUGCAGCUGCACUUCUCACCCCUUUGCUCAUGAAACAGUCCCAGAUCUUUCCAAGACUUACUUUCUAUCAGUUGUGUUUCUUGAUGUUUGUAAAACUCAUAACUAGGGAAACAUGACAGUAUGCAUUUUAGACUUACAGGGUUCUCGAGUCUUCUUACCUUAACGACACAAUAUUCAUAUUUUCCAUCUUUAAAAAAAAAAAGGUUUCUGAUAUAAGAUGCUUUCGCAGCUUUGGAUAUGAGCCUGUAAUUUGGAGGGAAACUACUAAAAGUGCACAGUGCUCACAAGUAACCAAAGAGGUCAGUCUUAUAAAUUGCAGGCGUGGACAUGGCACAACCAAAGACGAGGCACUGACUUGCAUUUUUUUUUCUCUUCAGUAUAAUGGCAUUUUAUUAAAAUUGCACCAUGAUCAUUUGAUUAACCCGAAUAGAGUCACAUCUAUGUGACCUGCACUAUGGUUAGCUGCUUGAAAACAACUGAAUCAAAACCCGCGCGCAAAAAAGGAAGAGUACUCCUUGCGCGCGCGCAUUUCUGUGUGUGUUUGUGUGUGUGUGUGUGUGUGUGUGUGUGUGAGCUGAGUCAUCAUCUCUGAAACGAGGACAUCUCAUUUUCCUCUUUGCAAACGUUAAUACAUUUUUUUUGUAACAAACAACAAAAAAAUCUCAUUACAUUAAAAGCUUUGCACUGGACCAGGAAUUCAAAUCAUGCCAUAAUUUAAGACUGACUUUCUCAGAAAACAGGGUACUGGGCUAUACUAUUCCUUGUCUCUAAGGUGGUUAUCCUUAUGUUGUUGUUUGUUUAUUUAUUUAGUUAUUUACCUUUAAUAUGUAUCUUUCACCUGAAACAUGGCUGUAGCUUUUAGAGUAAACCUUUACAGCUAAAGCUUGCAGCUUUCUCAGAUAUGUAAUAGAUGAACGCUGGAUGGUACCAAGUCAGCGACAAGGAAAAGUACAAUUCAGUACCCUUUUUUCCCCCCUGAGUGUGCAGGAUAUUAUGAGACGUGUGCUGCUUUCACACAAUAUUCUGAGAUAUUGUUAGAAUAUACACCUAGGUACAUCAUCCUGGAUAUGAACACUAUAUAAGUUGUAUAAAGAAUUGUAAAAAUGUAUAAUAUAUAAAUACUGGGACUUUUGCUGUGCAGUGUUUUUUUUGUUUUGUUUUGUUUUUUACUGUUUACUCAAACUUUUGGUGACUAUUAUCUUGUCCCGGAAACAGAUCUGAAUCCAAUCUAAGUGACAGCUUUUAAAAAGACUGCCUUAAUCUGUUGACCAAUCCAAUAAUGCUUAUUUAUUUAUUUAUUUAUUUAUUUAUUUAUUGUUACAGUUUUACAAAGUACAAAACUGUACCUUCUCUUGUCAGUUCGGGUUGUACACUUAUCUUUAAUAUCUUUAUCAUGUAACUUUCGUUUUAUGUUUAAAAAAGAUUGACUCUUUUAGUGUAAAGCGUUAAAAUGACGGUUGCAAUCAAAAUUAUUCAACCCCCAUUACAAAUCAGGUUUAUUGUCAAAAUUUACAGACUUUCAGCUGUUUACAAUGAACAAAUCAAACAAAAGCAAUUGAAAUAGUUCAACUCAACGAAUGUUUCAAGUGGUUUCCCCAAAUCUAACUGAAAAUACAACUUAUAAUGAUUUCUCCAUUCUCAAACUUAUUCAACACCUUCAUGGCAAGCACCUUUAAUAUUUAGUAGAGGAUGCUUUUGCUGUUAUGACCUGCUGCAAAUGAGAUGCAUAGCCAGACACCAGCUUCUGGCAGCAUUCCUGAGGAAUCUGAGCCCAUUCUUCAUGAGCAAUGGCCUCCAGUUCAGUAAUAUUCUUGGGUUUGCGUGCUGCAACCGCCUUCUUCAAAUCCCACCAGAGAUUUUCUAUGGAGUUCAAGUCAGGUAAAUGGUAAAUGGUCUGCACUUAUAUAGCGCUUUACACUGUGUCUCAUUCACCCAUUCACACACACACACCAAUGGUAGUAGAGCUGCCAUGCAAGGUGCUAACUUGCCAUCGGGAGCAACUCGGGGUUCAGUGUCUCGCCCAAGGACACCUCGGCAUGUAGAGUCACGUGGGCCGGGAAUCGAACCGUCGAUUAGUGGACAACCCGCUGUACCAUCCGAGCCACAGCCGCCCACCCACAGGUGACUGUGAUGGCCCUGUAGAAUCUUCCAGGACUUCUUCUACAAACAAGCCUUGGUGGAAUUUGAGUUAUGCUUGGGAUCACUGUCUUGUUGGAAGGUCCAAUGACACCCAAGAUUCAGCUUCCUCACAGACGGCAUGAUGUUUUCUAAUAGGAUUUCCUGAUACUUCAAUGAAUCCAUCUUCCCUUCCACACGCUGCAGGUUUCCAGUGCCAGUGGAUGCAAAGCAGCCCCAGAGCAUCACCGAGCCACCACCAUGCUUGACUAUGGACAGGGUGUUCUUUCUUCAUUCUUCUUCCUCCAGACAUACCGCUGAUCCAUCGUGCCAGGUAUUUAAAGUAUUUUCUGCCCCUAGCCAGUUCCGGUAUUUCAUGUGUUCCGACUCAAACACACCUGGUUCAACUAACGAAGCCCUUGAUUAGUUGCAUCAGGUGUUCUUGAGACAACACCUGUUUUGCAUAAUUGUGCUGUGGUGAGGGAUUCUGUUCAGGGGGUUGAAUGAUUUUAAGACUGGAGAAGUCAUUAGAAGUUGCAUUUUCAGUUGAAUUUGGGGAAACCACUUGAAGCAUUCGUUGUGUUGAACCAUUUCAAUUGCUUUUGUCUGAUUUGUUCAUUGCAAACAACUGAGUUUAAAUUUUGACAAUAAACCUGAUUUGCAAUGGGGUUGAAUGAGUUUGAUUGCAACUGUAUAUGCACCUUCUAAGUAAAAUAUACACACUAAGGUACUAAAGAUGUAUGCAGCGACAAAAAAUGGUACAACUUAGUACCUUUUUUCCUGAUAGUGCAGCUAAGAAUCAGGUUAAUUAAUGAUCACAGUAAUUUGAUCCAUCAUUUAUACCUUGUAUAGGUCACUGCUGGUGAUUUGGUUUUGUUUAGCAUGUCCGUAGUGUUGCUAUGUAAUGGAUAAACAAUACCACACCUAUCCAGUACAUUAGCUAAUGGCAGUCUGGUAAUACUCGACAGUCAAAUAUUCUAUAAAAAUGAAAGGCCAGGAUUUUAUCACUUUUAAUGUUGGAGGACAAAUCUUCACCACCAAGGUGUCAACCAUUAGAAGACAUCCACACUCAAGACUUGCUCGCAUGUUAGAUGACGCAGAUCCUGAAUUUAAAAUUGUAAACAGCCAAGUGUUUAUUGACAGAGACUGGGGGAUGUUUCGGUUUAUAAUGGAGUAUCUGAGAACCGGCCGAAUCACUUUAUCAGGUGAAUUUGAGACUGAUGCACUGCUGUGUGAGGCUGAAUUUUACAACAUCGGCGCACUUUCCGAUUUUCUGCGCAACAACUGUUAUGCGAAGAGCGAAAUUCUCGAGCUUCGCUUUGUCAUUCAAGAUGCUCAAAGUUUCUUUAGGGUGUUCAGUUCCAAGAGCACAACUCUUGAUGCACUGGCCUCAAGAAUAUCAGUGUUCAUCGAACAGCCCACAAAUCCUACUCAGAAUUUGAUGGAGCGUUUUCCAGUGCAUCGACCCUCACACCAUGACCUCGUUUUUCAAUGCGGUGCUGACUGCUCUGAUGGAAAACAGUUGUCUGCAAGGUAUGUCACCAUUGAGCCAGAUGCACGAAAACUCCUCAAUGCCACAAAUGUUCUUGGCCUGAUGGUGGACACGAUCCUGAGGGAGGGCUUUCGCUUAAUCAGCACCCGCACAGUUUCUCCAGAAGAGAAAAUUGAGUGUUACACCUUUGAGAGAAGGGGAACUCUUAAUAUUCUCAUCAAUGACCCCUAUAAAGCGGAUGUAUCACCUGUACCAAAACAAACAGAGAAAAGUACAAAAAAGGGCAAAUCACAUAAGUGAUUAAAUCAAUACUUGCCAUGCAUGUGUAAAAACCCCCAACAAAUAAAAAAACAAAAACAAAAAAAAAACAAGCCAUCAGCCGAAGUGAGAACCUGAGGCGAUUUGAGGUUUCCCAGAAGAUGGCGAUGCUGUGUUAUUUAGGGCAUGAUGCAUUUGUAAAAAAAAAAAAAAAAAAUUUGAUAACGGUUUAUUAUUUGAGACAAUAGUACCAUGUUUUAUACAAUAACCAGUAAUGUGUAUUAAAAAAAAAUUUUGAUGUCAUUUACUUAGACGGGUUACUAAUUUUUUUUUUUUUCAAAUCUUUCUAUUAUGUGCUAUUUUUAUGACCAGAAAGGCCUUUAAUGUUAUUCUUCAUAAUGUAGCCCUGUUAAUAUGGAUUAGUGUAUAUAUGAUUUAUAAUAUCUUAGUUGUAAUAUUUGAUCUGCACAGAGUAAGACAACCAAUUACAAACAAGUUCAUCUUUAUUUAAAUGUUAUUUUAUUUUCUUGCACAAUAAAUCAUCUGUACAACAAUUACAUCGCAAUCUGUCAUUGAACUAUGAAUCCACAGUAAUUAUUUAUGCCACAUAAAAGCUUAUGGACUUAGACAUGUCUGUAUGUAUACAUAUGCAAUAUACUUCUAAUCAAUUUUGAAUCCAGGUUCCUUGUACAAACAAAUGUCACGUUAACUAUUACAUUCUUUAUAACACUAGCAGUUAUCAGAGUGCUGAAGGAGGCCCGCUCAGACUUAAUAUUUCACGGUUGUUGGCAUGCUGUAGUGAGAGAUGACCUACCUCCCCUUUCCCCUCUCCGUGGCUGAGACUUGUGCAGCGCGAGCGGACGCAGAACCGAGUGGAGUGGACGGUAAACGG